GCGCCGCGGCAGAAGGAGCGAAACUCUGGCCCGGUGCGGAGUGGGCGUAUUACGGGGACACUGGGCCGCAGCACCGGGCUGUGUGGAGAAGUGAGUGCGCUCGCCUGCCUCCGUCCCCGCCACCCCGAGCCAGAAGACCGCGAGCUCCCGAGGCCCUCCCCGAGGUCUCCGUCCUCCUCCCCGGCCCCCGCCGCCGUCUCGCACUCACCUCGCCGCUCCCGGCCGUCCCCGUGUCCCCGCCCUGCCGCCCCUUCUCCCCUGCCGGGCGGCCGCGUCCGAGGUGGAAGCAGCCCCGAAGCAUCCCGAACAAGACCCACUCAAGGUGAAGGAUAAUCUACUAAUACCAGCACUUUGAAUGAAAAUUUGUUUCUCUGCCACAAACUGAACACUUUAUUUUUAUUUUUUGGCGAGGGGGUUGAAACACCUGAUUUUGUGGCAUAGCAGCUAUGCAGCUUGAAAUCCAAGUAGCACUAAAUUUUAUUAUUUCAUAUUUGUACAAUAAACUUCCCAGGAGACGUGUCAACAUUUUUGGUGAAGAGCUUGAAAGACUUCUUAAGAAGAAAUAUGAAGGGCACUGGUAUCCUGAAAAGCCAUACAAAGGAUCAGGGUUUAGAUGUAUACAUAUAGGGGAGAAAGUGGACCCAGUGAUUGAACAAGCAUCCAAAGAGAGUGGUUUGGACAUUGAUGAUGUUCGCGGCAACCUGCCACAAGAUCUUAGUGUUUGGAUCGACCCAUUUGAGGUUUCCUACCAGAUUGGUGAAAAGGGACCAGUGAAGGUGCUUUAUGUGGAUGAUAAUAAUGAAAAUGGAUGUGAGUUGGAUAAGGAAAUCAAAAACAGCUUUAACCCAGAGGCCCAGGUUUUUAUGCCCAUAAAUGACCCAGCCUCAUCAGUGUCCAGCUCGCCAUCACCUCCCUUUGGUCACUCGGCUGCUGUAAGCCCUACCUUCAUGCCCCGGUCCACUCAGCCUUUAACCUUUACCACUGCCACUUUUGCUGCCACCAAGUUUGGCUCCACCAAAAUGAAGAAUAGUGGCCGUAGCAACAAGGUUGCACGUACUUCUCCUAUCAACCUCGGCUUGAAUGUGAAUGACCUCUUGAAGCAGAAAGCCAUUUCCUCCUCAGUGCACUCUCUGUAUGGGCUUGGGCUGGGUAGCCAGCAGCAGCCCCAGCAGCAGCAGCAGCCAUCCCAGCCUCCGCUGCCACCACCACCACCGCAGCAGCAACAGCAGCAGAAAACCUCUGCUCUUUCUCCUAAUGCCAAGGAAUUUAUUUUUCCUAAUAUGCAGGGUCAAGGUAGCACCAAUGGAAUGUUCCCAGGUGACAGCCCCCUUAACCUCAGUCCUCUCCAGUACAGUAAUGCCUUUGAUGUGUUUGCAGCCUAUGGCGGCCUCAACGAGAAGUCUUUUGUAGAUGGCUUGAAUUUUAGUUUAAAUAACAUGCAGUAUUCUAACCAGCAAUUCCAGCCUGUUAUGGCUAACUAAAAAAAGCAAAAAUGUAUCGUACACGUUCAAAUGCACGGCCCAAGGGGUUUUUUUUUUUUAAUACCUCCUUGAGAUUUUUUUUUUAAGCUAGUAGUAAGGAUACAUUCAAGCUUGGUUACAAAAAUAAAACGUGCGUCAUUUUUCAUUUGCCAACCAAGCACAAAGUUAUUUUAUACUGACUGUAUAUUUUAAAGUAUACUCUCAGAUAUGGCCUCUUACAGUAUUUAAGAUAUAGCAAGGACAUGGCUGAUUUUUUUUUAUAUAUAUAUAAAAAAUUGGCACUAAUAAGUGGGUUUAUUGGUCUUUUCUAAUUGUAUAAUUUAAUUUAGUACAAAGUUUGUAAAAUAUCAGAGGAUAUAUAUAUUGUUUCUACGACAUGGUAUUGCAUUUAUAUCUUUUUACUACAGUGAUCUGUGACAGCAGCAGCUUCAUGUUGUAUUUUUUUUACUGAAAUUGUAAAAUAUCCAUCUUAAAGACAUCAACUAUUCUAAAAAUUGUGUACAGGAUAUUCCUUUAGUGGUGGAAUUAAAAUGUACGAAUAUUUGCUUUUUCAAAAAAAUGUAUUUUCUGUUAAAGGUUUAAAGAUUUUUGCUAUAUAUUAUGGAAGAAAAUGUAAUCGUAAAUAUUAAUUUUGUACCUAUAUUGUGCAAUACUUGAAAAAACGGUAUAAAAGUAUUUUGAGUCAGUGUCUUACAUGUUAAGAAGGACUGAAAUAGUUUAUAUUAAGUUUGUAUUAAAAUUCUUUAAAAUUAAAAAUGCCUGUUGUGGUCUUUGUUUUUAAGCCUUUGCUAAAGGUCUACCUCUGCAGUUAUUAUGUCGUAAGUGCUAAUGAUGCAGAAGGGUCUGACUCAUUGAGUCACAGAGGAAUAAUGGAAAGCCGUUGUUCUGCUGGUACACCAAGCCAUGGUUUGCCACAGGAAAAGUUGUCCUGCCAAACUGCACUGCCUGACCACUGCUUGGGACAGCUUUAUUUUUUAACAACUCUAUUCAGUCCACAUUUUUCCUCCCCAGAAUGGGGGUGGUAUGUUAGGUCUAGUCAGCACUAAUUUUUGUAUCAAGUUUUACACGAUGGUGUCAUGCUGUCACCUAGGAGAGUCAGGUGGUAAAAUGAAAUUCACUCUGCAAUCUGAGAGGGUUUAUUUGAAAUGUAUAUGGAGAGAGCAGCAAUUGGAUCAGUUUUGCGUUUCUGCAUGAGAGAUGAAUAGCUCAGAAAACUUGCUUGGACAAAGCAGCUGACCUGACUAUUUAAAAAGAGAAGAUUUAGGUCUGUUUACUAAUACUUAUGCUUAAAGUUCAGUCAUUGUAUGUAGCUGGAGGAUUUAUGAUCAAAAUUUACUCAAAGUUGGACAGGUUGCUAAGUGUUAGUAUCGUGUUUAUUUUCCCAGGAAAAAAAGUUACGUAACAGUUUUUUUUUUUUUUUUUUGCACAAGUGAGUAACCAAACUGCUGGUCUUGGGGGUUUAAAGAUUAGUAAUGGUAAUAUGUGAAAUUUUAAUGGUUUAGUGAAGAUGGAAUUUUUAAAAAGUGAUAAGGAGUUGGAAGGAAGAGACACUCUUUUUAAAGUAAAAUGGUGAGUCAUUUCACAUUAAAUGCCCAUUGAUACAGUGUUGACAGUAUUGGUGAGAAAAUUGUCCUAAAUUGGAAGAAAAAAUAAAACUUUCUCUUUACUAUUAUAGUAAGAAACCAGCACUGUCUGGGUUAUCAGUGAAAUAAAUUUUGCCUUAAUGUGUUCUUUGGACACCAGUCUACAAAAGCAUUUUGUCACUUACCCAUGCAGUUUAGAGCAAUAACAAGUUUUAAGGAAACAAGCACUGGAAAUACCAGAGCUAAGCUGUUCCAUCAGCACCAUGGUGAGGCCUUUGUCCUUUGGCGGACAGAAUGAGGCUAUGAAGAACUAUUGGAGGAGUGAGUGGAGAUGGCAGAGACCCGGUCUGCCAACACCAUCAAUUAUGUGCUUUUGUGAUCACGGAGUUUGAAUAGCUGUAAGAAUAAAUCAGGGUAAUGGUUUUAAGCAUUUCGUUUUUGUUAGAGAUGUUUUUGGUGAAGUUAUCAUGGGUUUAACUUUGAUGAAAACCGCCUUUUUUUUUUAAAGGAAGAAAGGCUCAAAUUAACAUUUUUUUGAAAAGCAGGAUAUUAAACUGGCCAGUAGGCACACAGUUGAAUCUGCAACAAAGUCUGGUGCACUAAUAAAUUCAGCUUUUAAAUAUUGAGCUUAAUGUAAGUAUGAAUAUCUGUUUUAGAUUAUUUUAAAUUUGUAUUGACAAAAGUCUUAAGGAAGUUGCAUCGUGGUACAUAAUGUGGGUUUGGCAUUUGAGAAGGAUAAAGUUGUAUUUUAUCUUGAUGGGUUUCAAGGAAACAGGUUGAUUUCCUUGAGGACAUUAAUUUUUUUUUUUUUAAGGAAUGAACAAAGGCUCUGUUCUCAUGCCCUUUUUGCUCAUUAGGAAUGAAGGAAAAAAAAAGGUGCUUUUAUCUAGCACAUUUUAGAAAGUGUUAGAAAAGCUUACAUCUUGGUCCCAAAUCUUCUCUACACAGUGCCAUCAUAUUUUUGACCCAGAGGUUUUGGUUGACAGCUUGAUAAUAAUAGGCCUUUCUCAUCCCUUUGACUUUGGUACUAUAGAUACUGUAGCAGCCUCUGUAUGCCAAGGAUAUUCCCUAUCCUGUUGUCCAAAAUGCUGCCUUAGAGACUACAUAGGUCAGUGUUUCCUGAGGAAGAUAAUACAGACCAAAAAACAGCCUUCUGAGUUUAGUGUAUUCCUGUGCUGCCCAAACCUGGAUCUAUUCUAAAAUCAGGUGUUAAUUCUCCUUUGAAUAGCUUUAAUCCAUAAUGCAUGGCAAAUGUAGGCUUUCUUCAGUCAAAAUGCCUCCUUCAAAAUAACGGCAGUCUUAUUUACUGUAAUUAGCUAACCUUUGAAGGAGCCCUGGUGGCCUGGUGGGUAAGAGCUUGGCUGCUAACUGAAAGUUCAGUGGUUCAAACCCACCAGCUGCUCCUCGGGAGAAAGAUGUGGCAGUCCGCUUCCAUAAAGAUUUCAGCCUUGGAAACCCUAUGCGGUGGUUCUACUCAAGGGUGACAGGUUUAGUUAACUUUUGAAGGUGUUCAUUUCAUUUGCAUAUAAGUUGAGGUAUAGGUAAUUAGCAAAUUUUCAGGACUUAGGUUAUUUUAAAAUAAACCAAUAGGUUAUAUUUAAAAUAAGUUUAAAUAUGUCAAAGGGGCAUAAUUUUUGUAUGUGUAACACAGGAAUGCCACAUAUACAGAAAAUGCCUCUUUGGACAUACUUUAGCUCAUGAAGAAAAGUGCUGGUUGGAGACUUCACUCCACACCCUUUCCUUGCACAAGCAGAAAUAGUAUAAGCAUGGCACAUCAAAUAUAUAUCCUUGCUUGACUAGAAUGGCAUGAUUUGUCAGAAGCAGGAUAACUCUAGGGCAAGAUCCAAAAAAACCCCACUGUUGUGGAGUCGAUUCCGACUCAGCAGCCCCAUAGGGUUUCCAAAGCUGUAAAUCUACGGAAGCUGACUGCCACAUAUUUCUUCCAAGGAGCUGCUGGUGGUUUCAAACCAUCCACCUUUCAGUUACCAGUUGGUCACUGUAACCACUGUGCCACCAGGGCUCCUUAGUGCAAAAUCAGUUAAAUGGAAAACAGCGUUAUUAGAAGGCAAAUAUGGAAAAUCACCAUCGCUGAACAAAACCGAUGAUGUUGUUUGGUCUGUCAAUCAGGUGAUACUUAGUUUGUCCCAGGACGUCUCUUGAGACCAGAGUUCUUAGUUUUUGUGGUACAUUAGGAAGGUAUUUUGUUUGUUUAAAGGAACUGGAAUCCAAUUGUGAGUACGAUUUGGAAAAUCAGUACAACACUUGUGUUUUUUAAAGCCAUUCUUUGAGGUUUUAAAUGAUUCCGUUAACAAAUACUCAAAUAACUGGUUUAAGCACUCGGCUGCUAACCAAAAGCUCAGCAAUUCAAACCCACUAGCAGCUCCAAGGGAGAAAGAUGUGGCAGUCGGCUUCUUUAAGGAUUACAGCCUUGGAAACACUAUGGGGCAGUUCUGCUCUGUCCUGUAGUGUUGCUGUGAGUCAGAAUAGACUCAGUGGCAACAGGUAUGUGCCAAACACAGCUCUAACCCAGUUUCCAGAUGGAGGGUUGAGGCACAAGAGUGCUUAACUCACCCAAGGUGGCAUGGCCAAGAAGUGGCAGACAUGGCAAACUCAGCCUACUUCCAGAUUUCAUACUCUUAACUUCUGUGCUUUGUUGCCUCAGAUUAGUUGCUUUUCUGAUUUGAAGUCAGGGGUAUCAAAUCAUUUUUGAUGUAUUAAUCACGUGACUUACAGAGUCUCUACAAGAGCACUCACCGACAGCAAGAGCCUUAAUGAGAAGGGUCUAGUAGGAAGUUAUUACAUUAAUCAUGCUUAGAAAUCAUUAUGAUGUCUUAAGAAAGAUACUUUGUAUUUCCAUUGGCCAUAAACUAUAAUCAUAGGCUGUUUGGAAAUGUCUUUAGAAAUGAAGAAAUUAUAUCAAUGCUCUAAUUUUGUUGAUUGUCUUAAUCAUGUAAAUUAUUUCUCUCAUUUUAGAGCUAUUGGACGAUUCCCUCAGACUAAGGGUUAUAUUGGAGCCCUGGUGGCAUAGUGGUUAAGAGCUUGGCUGCUAACAAAAAGGUUGGCAGUUUGAAUCCACCAGCCGCUCCUUGGAAACCCUAUGGGGCAGUUCUGCACUGUCCUGUAGAAUCACUAUGAGUCAGAAUCGACUCAACGGCAACAGGUUGAGGUUUUUUUGGUUUAAGGACUAGAAUUAGUGUCCCCAUUACUUCUAAAUUGUAAACAUUGACCUCUUGUGGCUAUUUUCACACCCAUCCCUUAUCUGUGUUUAUUGAUAAACAUUCUAAGGCCAGGUGAGUUACCAGUCUUCAACAAUGUCAAAUUAUUUUGAAAAACUACCAUAAGGCAAACCUUUUGUGACAGGUAAUUUCAGUAUGAUAAAUGCUCUUUCUGCUUUUAUUCUAAAACAUUAAGGAAACCAAAUGACCUUAUAUUUCAAACUGGUUCUGAAAGCCUCUGUCAAAAAAUCAAAAUGUAUUUUGGUUUGAAGUCAGAAGCAGUCACAUUUUAGAAGCAUAAGCUAUUAUGAAGUAACUUACAUUCCCUUUAGUGUUGCUAUUGGUUUAGAGCAUGUUUAAGUUGCAUAAAAAACCAACCAAACCCGUUGCCGUCAAAUUGAUUCUGACUCAUACUGACCCUAUAGGACAGAGUAGAACUGCCCUAUAAGGUUUCCAAGGAGCACCUGGUGGAUUUGAACUGCCCAUCUUUCUGAUUACCAGCUGUAGCUCUUAGCCACUACGCCACCAGGGUUUCCUUCAGUUGCAUAAUAAACAGAAAAACCCGUUUUAAAAAGUACUUGGGAGAAUUUCUGUAGUUUUUGUAUAGAUUAAAUCCUAUUAUAUUAAGUGCCUAUUAUUUAGAUUUUUGGUUAGGUUGGAACUUGAUUGAACCAAAUACUGCUAAACCUGUAGACAGUUGUUUAGAGGUGUAGAUUGUAUGAAAAGCCUUGUUUUUUAUUAGAAUUUGACUUGCAAGUAGUAAACCUCUACUAACCAUUUCUCAAUAUUUUAGUUUUAAGGUUUUAGAAGACUUACUUUAUACAUAUAAUCUGUUAGUGAGAGCUUUGAGAUCAUCUUAUAAUUAGGCAAAACUUAGAAGAAAACAAUCAGGUUCAUGUCUAGAGGCUACUUGAAAUUAUGGGUCUAAUUCCUUGGUUAAGCAUAUUAAGUCAUUUGACUCUCAGGUGGCUCGGUUUCUUUAUCUGCAAAAUGGGUAUAGUGAUAUCAAGGUACUUCCUUGGAGAACUACGAGGAACUAAUCACUCUGAGAAGUUGUCAGUGAACUAAUGGAACUUGUGUUCUUAGGGGUUUACAGUAUUUGGAACCAUGAAAUUCAGGAUUUUACCCAUGUUUACUGCCCUUUGAAAUCAGGAAACUAAAUGAUACAAAAGUAAAUUGUAUCAAUGUUUUGUUAUCCAGUUAUUUGCAUCAACAGGGAAUUAAAUCAAAAUUCUAUAGUAGUAGUCUCCUAAACAAUAUCCUAUCCACAUUUCAGUAAUAAAUACUCCUGUGUUUGUAUUUCUAGUUUUGAGGCACUGAAGGAAAUCAGUGUUUUAGCAUUCUUUUUCAUACAAUCAGCAAGUUGAUUUAAACAGCAUGGACAUGUUAAUUUAGAAAUUUUUGCUGAAUUAAUGUCCAUGCUGUCAUGAAAAAUAUUGAAGAGAUUGUUCCUACUUAAACAAUACAAGCCGAGGAAUAGGAGUAGUGAAAAUGUAGCUCAGGAUACAUGCCAUACGGAUCAUGGUGCUACCUUUAUUUUAGUACAGGUAGAAAAGAAGAGGAGGUUUGCUUUACAGAAGGAAAAAACAUUGAGGACUUGGAAGGGAAAACACAUUCCGUCUGGCAUUAUGAGUACUUUACUUCACUGAUAAAAUAUGACCAGUGUGCAGAACAGAGAACAGGUGUAAAAUAUUUUUAGACAAACCUUGGCAUACAUUGUAGGUCGCAUCCCUUCUGUCUAUACACUCCGUAAGUGUUUAAAAAAUAAUUAUGGAAAAACCACAUUGACAAAAUGAGCUAGACAUUGCUUUUAUGUUUGCGUUUUUUUUUUUUUUUUGCACUGAAUGGUAAAGUCAAACAAGCUGCCUUCCCAGCCAUCAGGUUGCAGCUAUUUUUAAACGCUGGUUCUCCACAUGCCCUUCUACAGCUCUUGAGGUCUCCUUUCUCUUCCUUCCUUAGUGCUGUUGAGAGAGUUGGAAGAAUAUGGAGCCAUAGCCUUUUCCGGAGUGUAAAGCCUGGGUUGUGACACCCACAAACCAGAUUCUGACUUAAAACACUUUUAUGCUUUCUUUAGGCCAGGAAGAAGGUGGGACAAGCAUGGAUAUGGGAUCAGUCUGGCUUGGUUUCUGGCAAAUGGGUAUAAAUUGAUGCCUCUGGAUACUGAUAGAGGAGGGUAGCCUGCUGAGAGUUUGGUUUAAGACAUAGAAUUAUAGGACCCUGCAAAUAUUGUCUGUUUUAGCUCAGGGUCUAGAUAACCCCAUGACACAGGUUCAGUAGCCCUUUUUCUAUUUUGAACUAAAUGCAGGUGCUCUUUUUCAGGGGACUUUUCUUCACUACUCUUCUACCUCCAAUCAGUUCAUUUCUAGUGAGGAUGAAGGUUAGCGGGUUUGCUCGUUUUGUUUUGUAAUGAGCAAGCCUGUUCUCUUUUCCUUCAGAGUACCCAGAUCUGGCUCCUGUCCUCAGAGGUCUUUUCCCAGAAAGAACUCUCCUUGUUUUGUAAACUACCUGGCAUAGAGCUCUAGUGACUUACUUUCUGUUAACGCCCUUCAAUUUCCAGGAAACGUGGUGAGGAUCUCUAAACCAUUUCAAUACAAUACUUAAGAUAGCUGCAAUCCCUGGACAGACUUUCUAGAAACUAAGGUGUCACCAGAGGCCUUUUAGCUAAAUACUUUGAGAACAACCCAGUUUUCACAGAGCUAUAGAGGAUUUUACCUGGGGAAGCGUCAUCUUUUGGGAUCUUACAAAAGAUUGGAAAGAAGGAAGAAAACUUUUUUUUUUUUUAUCUUAGGAAUAAAUGAUUUUUUGGAAAGAGACUCUUAUUAUCUGAACUACAGAAGUUCAAAGAACUUUUCAGGUCCUGUUUAAGAGGAAUAGAGAGAUGGCGGUAAGACCUUAUCUUCCUAGGAGUCUCUGCCAGAAGAGAGGGUCUGGCAGGUAGAAGAGGGCUGAAGGUAUGUCUCCUCUAUCUGCCUUUCCUUUCAGGUUCCAGAAAGGUGGAAAGAGCAGUUUAAAAGUGUCUCAGUUAUCUAGUGCUGCUAUAACAGAAAUACCACAAAUAGAUGACUUUAACACACAGAAACUUAUUCUUUCAUAGUCUAGGAGUCUAGAAGUCCAAAUUCAGGGCACCAACUCCAGGAGAAGUCUUUGUCUCUUGUCAGCUCUCGGGGAAGGUCCUUGUCAUGAAUCUUCCCCUGGUCUGGGAGCUUCUCAGCAUAGGGACUCAGGGUCCAAAGGACAUGCUCUGCUCCUGGUUCUUCUUGCUUGGUGGUAAUGAGGUCUGUCUCCUCUCUGCUCAAUUUUCUCUUUUAUAUCUCAAAAGAGACUGACUCAAGAUACAGCCUAAUCCUGUAGAUUGAGUCCUGCCUCAUUAACAUAACUCCCUCUAAUCCUACCUCAUUAACAUCAUAGAGAUUAGGAUUUACAACACAUGGGAUAAUCACAUCAGAUCACAAAAUGGCGAAUCACAUAAUACUGGGAAUCAGGGCCUAGCCAAGUUUUGGGGAAUACAAUUCGACCCAUAACAAAGAGGAAGCCUCUGUAUGCAU